AUGGCCAGAGUUAUUGCGGCUUCAGCGUGCGGAGCUGUGGUUGCUUUGGGCCUACAAAAGCUGCUGAGAGGUAAAACCGAGGCACGAAGAGUGUCCGCUCCAGUGGAGACGAAACUCAUUGAUGGAAAGGCCAUUGCUGCCGAGGUUCGGUCGGAGAUCAAGAAGAGCACAGCUGAGCUGAGAGCUGAGCACAAUGUCACUCCGGGCUUGGCAGUGAUUUUGGUCGGGUCAAGGAAGGACUCCCAGUCUUACGUCCGGAACAAGAAGAAGGCGGCGGAGGAGGUUGGUUUUCAUACCGUUGACAUUGUUCUCCCAGAGACCGUCUCCCAGGAGGAUUUGCUGUUUGAGCUAGAGAAGCUGAAUAGCGAUCUCAAGGUGCACGCGAUCCUUGUGCAGCUCCCCUUGCCAAAACACAUCGAUGAGGCAUUUGUCCUCAGCAAGAUCCGGGUGGACAAGGAUGCAGAUGGCUUCUCAGCAGAGAAUGUGGGGAACCUUUGCAUGAAAGGUGGGUUUCCACCGCUGGCAGUUCCUUGCACUCCAGCAGGGUGCGUUGAGCUACUGCAGCGGAGUGGCGUCGAGGUGUCAGGCAAGAAUGCAGUUGUGGUGGGCAGGUCGAAUAUUGUGGGGAUGCCAGUGUCGCAGAUCUUGCAAUCUAUGGAUGCUACCGUGACCGUUUGCCACUCUCGCACACAAGACAUGGUUUCCUACCUCCGCAAUGCUGACGUCGUCAUUGCGGCAGUCGGCAAGGCUGAGUAUGUCCGCGGUGAUUGGCUAAAGCCAGGGUGUGUGGUGAUCGAUGUGGGUAUCAAUGCAGUUGACGAUGCCAGCAAAAAGCUUGGGUACCGCUUGGUAGGUGAUGUGAACUUUGCCGAGGCGCAAGGUGUUGCCGCCCAAAUUACCCCUGUGCCUGGUGGUGUGGGCCCUAUGACCAUUGCCAUGCUUCUGAAGAACACUUUGAACUUGGCACGGCGCAGCUUGCAACUGCCACGCAUUCCACUGCGCCGUUCCACAUCUCCAGCAGCGCCUGGAGCGGUGUCAGCGCAGGUCGGUAUCCAGCUACCAAAAGAGCAUUUGGCUGUGGUCAUUUGCUGCAAGGAGAUACUGAUUGCCUUUUGGAAUUUCUGA